CCGAACCUCCCGCGCAUGCGCGCUGCGCUAGAGGCGGGAGCGGCGCGUGCGCAAAGAGGCCACGCCCCUCCCCAGUGCGGUUCAAACGGCGGCGCGCGCGCUGUGACGCUUUUCCCCCCCCGCCCCCCCCCCGCGAAACGGACACACGGAGCCGGCCCCCCCAUGCCGAGCAAGCGCAUGCAGGAGCUGGAGGAGGUGAGCAAGGAGCUGCUGAAGGUCCUUGUGUCCGACUGGGCCGGCAGCCUCCUGCAGCGCAGCCUGGACAAACGGACGCGCGCGGACGACAAACUGCUGGGCGCGCAGGCCACGGCCGCCCGGCUGCUCCGCGAGCUCACGGCGGCCGAGGAGACGGUGGCGCGGACGCUGCUGGAGCGCGAGAGCGAGCUCCAGCGGCUGCUCCGGCGCCUGCGGGACCUGGAGCAGGAGCUGGAGCGGGCGCGGGAGGUCGGUGCCGAGCUCCAGAGCAGCCAUGACGCGCUGCGCCGGGAGCUGGAGGAGCUGCGGGAGCAGAGCCGGCGGCUGGAGGAGGAAACGGAGCGGGACGAGGACGCCGUGCCGUCCGCAGCGUACGUGACGCAGCUUUACUACAAGAUCAGCCGCAUCGAUUGGGAUUACGGAACCGAGGCGGCGCAGAUCAAAGGCAUCCAUUAUGGCCCCGACAUCGCUCAGCCCAUUGACAUCGACGGCAGCCGCCACUCGCGCUGCUUCGUUAGUGAUUAUUUGUGGAGCCUCGUGCCGACGACGUGGUGAAUCCGGCGCGGAUUGGGCAACGCCAACAACCCCCUGGCGGCGCUGACCCCCCCACUAUGGCCCUGCCCCCCCCCCCGGUGGUGCUGACCCCCCCAGCUUAACCGCACAAGUCUCUUUUCCUUUUUAAUUCAUGUAACAACGGUGUGAAAAUCAUUAAAACCAGUUAAUCGGC